GACCUGGGCUCCAUCUCCACCACUGUCCCCAAAGCCAUGCACAAUUCCCUCUGGGACACCAGGCACAUCUCCUACUCAGGAUGUGCUGCUCAGGUGUUUUUAUUUGCCUUUUUCAUCUCAGCAGAAUUUUCCCUCCUGACCAUCAUGUGCUACGACCGCUACGUGUCCAUCUGCAAACCCCUGCACUACGGGACCCUCCUGGGCAGCAGAGCUUGUGCCCACAUGGCAGCAGCUGCCUGGGCCAGUGCCUUUCUCUAUUCACUGCUGCACACAGCCAAUACAUUUUCCCUGCCCCUGUGCCAUGGCAAUGCCCUGGGCCAGAUCUUCUGUGAGGUGCCCCAGAUCCUCAAGCUCUCCUGCUCCAAAUCCUACCUCAGGGAACUUGGGCUCAUUGUGCUAAGUGCUCUUCUAUUUUUUGCUUGCUUUUUGUUCAUCGUUUUCUCUUAUGUGCAGAUCUUCAGGGCUGUGCUGAGGAUCCCCGCUGAGCAGGGACGGCACAAAGCCUUUUCCACCUGCCUCCCUCACCUGGCUGUGCUCUCCCUGUUUCUCAGCACUGCCACAUUUGCCUACCUGAAGCCGCCCUCCAUCUCCUCCCCAUCCCUGGAUCUGGCCUUGUCAGUUCUGUACUCGGUGGUGCCUCCAAUGUCUUCUUGA